UCAUCUCUCUCUUAUUUUUUUUCGCCUUGUUCGAGAGUUGUAGUUGUGGAAAAGCCUCAAGUCAAAUCGACCUUGUCCAUUUAUCCAACCGGCCAGCAUGCUCAACUCUCACGAAUCCCUGGGCAUCGCCCAACUCGUCUUCUACGUGCCCAUCGUCCCAGCCGCCAUCUGGCUCUUUAAGCGCAAUGGCAGAAUCCGCCCACGCCUCGCCUGGUGGCCCUUGAUCCCUUUUAGUCUGAUGCGCCUGGCUGGUGGUCCUGUCCUGGUCGCUUUCGAGCAAAAGCCCAGCAUUGGACUCUACGUCGCAGCGAUUAUCCUCCUCAACGUCGGUGUUGUGCCUCUUAUUAUUGCUACUCUAGGCUAUGUGCGUAUCGUCCUUCUCGACAAUUAUAGCUCCAAUCCUCAAGCGAACAAAAUCGGUACCAUCCUACGUCUCUGCAUCGUCGGCGCCGUCGGCCUCCUUGCUGCCGGCGGAGGUGUCAGCUCCAUGGGUACAUCAUCCGCCAUGAAUACCAGCCGUACGCUCACUCUCGUCGGAUACAUCGUCUUCGCCGUCGUUCUCGCCGUUCUUAUAUCCAUGAUGUCGUAUUUUUAUAAAAAGAAGCACACUCUUCUUCCCAGCAGCCAAGCUAUCUUACGCGGUGGCCUCCUUGCGUCCCCAUUCCUCAUUAUCCGUACCGUCUUCGGUCUUCUUGAAGUCGCCCUUCAAGAUAGUGCUACCUCACCCUUCAGCCCUGUCGAGGGCAAUGCUGUAGCCUUUGGGUUGAUGGCCUUGCUGCCCGAAUACAUCGUUAUACUCACUUAUCUCUACACUGGUUUCUCGAUUCCUCCUGACCGAGGUGCUCCGGCUGCCGUAGAGACAAUUACGCAGUCCGCCGAUAAAAGCAAUGUCUAAGUGAUUUUGCUUUCAACUUCAAAGGCUUUCGGAUUUGUUUUACAACAAUAGGCGGUGUAAUGAGAACUGCGAUGGGCUUACAAGGAGAUAUAUUCGUGGAAAUAUUACGGGAAUGAAUUGCUAAUCAUGGGUAAAGCAUGGUGGACUGCGUUCGCAUUGUGCUCUGUGCAAGUUUUCGUUCCACUGUUUCGGAUACCCCCUUCUUUAUUAUUGUAUUCUUCAUUUUGUCAAUAUAUUUCGAGUACUAUUUCUAUUAUACAAAGCCUUCAUUCCUUCAUUUCACUGCAUCAAAUAUCCAAGUAUACCAAGCAUUCAAGUCUAGAUUGUUC